AUGUGCACUCACAUAGUUACUUGCAAAGUUCACUGUCUAAGUGCUUCACAGGUCUUCUUUGGGGCGACGUUUGAAGGUGCGGAAAAUACGUGUAAUGUUGUUGGUGGACAUUUGGCAUCAAUCCACAACUUUGAAGAAAACAGAUUCGUAGCCGAGUUGGCAAAAAUUGAUAAACAAACCACAAGUCCGAAUGAUUUUACUUGGAUAGGACUACAAGAUGUGGCAAACAGCAAGAAUUGGACGUGGACUGACGGCACAAAAGUUGAUUUCGAAUUCUGGGGUCCAGACAGUCCGAAACGCGGAUUGGGAAACUGUGUGCACUUGAUCAGUGAUGUUAGCGACGACCCGAAAUGGUUUCAUAAAUGGGGAGACUAUUCUUGCGACCAAAAAAUGAGGACAGUUCGAGUGGGCCUCCUAAUCGAAUUUUUAUCUCUGGAGACCCUUGUCGUCAAUGAUCCGCGAAUAUGCUGUUAG